AGUAAAGUAUAGCUUAUUGAAUUUAGCUUCGAUGUUUCAUCGAAAUAAGUUUCAAGAAAAAUGACAAAAUGUGUUGAAAAAUCCUCUGAAAAAAUCUAUGGUUGAAUAAUUCUUCAUCUUCAAAAAGAUUAUUAUUGACAUUUUGAUCUGUUUUGAUAAAAAUCAUAGAUUUUAAAGAGUAAAUGGGUAAUUCACAAUUGUUUGAUUGAAUGAAUGAAUUUAAAUCGUGUGAUGGUCUCCUACGUGAAGUUGGCAAUAGUGUGGUGAUGCAAAGUGCCAUUAAAGUAAAGAAGAAGAAGAACUUCUAUCGCUUCUCAGCCUUUUGGCUAAGAUCAAAGUGUUAUUGUGUAGAACUUCAUUUGUGAUAUUUUUUGGAGAAAUUAAAAAAACUGAAUUUUUUGGUUAUCAAUUAAACUGAAAAAAAAUUGAUGUACUUACCUGUAUAUGCUUGAUCCAUUUGCUUAUAAAAAAAAAUACAUCAAUUUUGACAGUUGACGUCAGUCAAUGUUGCGUGUUCUUGUUACUUGCUAUUGUUGUCGAUUAUGUGUUUGUAAAAUUUGUAUUUCAGAUUAAAUACUUAAUUAACUGCAUGAUUUUAUUCACAGUUCAACUAUAUCUUCAACUUUGCGUAUUCAGAAAUGCAUUAAAUAUUUUUUUAGUGCACCAUUCGCUCAUAACUACAUAUUUUGUGUUUUUCCUUAUUAUUCUAUAAAAAAACUUAUUCAAAAUGGGUGGAAAAGCAGAAAAAGGAACUCCAAAGUACAUUGCGAAUAAGAUAAAAGCCAAAGGUCUUCAGAAAUUACGAUGGUACUGCCAAAUGUGUCAAAAACAGUGUCGUGACGAAAAUGGUUUUAAAUGCCACACAAUGUCGGAAUCACAUCAGAGGCAGCUGCUGCUGUUCGCUGAUAACGCCAACAAAUAUAUAGAUGACUUCUCCAAAGAGUUUGCUGAUGGAUACUUAGAGCUGUUACGAAGGCAGUUUGGUACAAAGAGAGUGAAUGCCAACAAAGUUUAUCAGGAGUACAUUUCUCAUAGAGAUCAUCUCCACAUGAAUGCAACACAGUGGGAAACCCUCACAGAAUUUGUGAAGUGGCUUGGACGGGAAGGAAAGUGUGUUGUCGAUGAGACAGAGAAGGGAUGGUUUGUUGCAUACAUAGACCGCGACCCGGCAGCCGUCGCUGCAAUGGAAGCGAAAGCUAAGAAAGAGAAAAUGGACAAAGAUGAUCAGGAAAGAAUGCUAGAGUUUAUACAGAAACAAGUGGAAAGAGGCAAAAAGCAGUCCACAGGAAACGAUUCAGAACCAUCAUACUCUGAGUUCAAAAGAGAGAGCAGCCAAGAGAAGGUGAUGUUGAACUUGAACUUGAAAAGAAAACCUGAUGAAAAGAAACCAGAACCCCUGCAGUCUGUCUCUUUUAAACUAAAAGGGAAAGAUGAAAAAGAUGUGUCCAACAAAAAAGCUAAAUUUGAUGAGGGCAAGAGCAGGACAGCGUUAGAUGAGGUGAUGGAAAUGGAGGAGCGAGCGAAAGAGAAGGCGAACCGGAAAGAUUAUUGGUUGCAUGAAGGUGUAGUAGUGAAAAUUGUGACCAAAUCACUUGGAGACAAAUUUUAUAAGAAAAAAGCUAUCAUAGAGAAAGUCAUAGACAAGUAUGGGGCUCAAGUGAAACUCAUUGAUGAGAAUGUCAAGUUAAAGCUGGAUCAGAAUCAUUUGGAAACAGUUAUACCUUCACCGGGGAGACAAGUUAGAUUUGUGAAUGGCGCGUACAGAGGUCUCGUGGGUGUGCUGAAACACGUUGACACGGACGAUUACUGUUGUAGAGUCGAGAUAUCCGAAGGUCCACUCACAGGGCGUUUAGUUAAAAAAGUACAAUACGAAGAUAUAUGUAAAUUAGUAACAUAAGCAAUUGUAAAUAUCAUUAUACUGAAUCUGUGGAUAGUUUAAUAAUUAUUAAUAUAUAUAUUUUAAUAAUUCGUUUUAUUUGUAACCCUAUGUGAAAUAAGAGUAUCUUGUGAAAAGAAAAUAAAAUGGUGCAUAUGGGUAACUUUGUGAUUUUUUCUAUCGAGAAAUUUUGACUGAGACAAAAUUGUUGUAAAUAUUAUGUAGUUUUAAAAUUUUCAUUUGAGCUUUGAAUAAUGGAAAUAUGUAACUUUAGCCACUUACAAUAGACAACUAUAGA